UACCUGGGAAUCUGAACAUACUCAAAGUCUCUGCAAGGCAUCAAGUUGUGGAAAGAAUGGGUUGUCUGAAGAAAUUUUCUUGGUUUUUUUUAAUGCCAUUCGGCCCCCCUAAACCCACUAGGUCUCAAGCACCCUGUAACCGGAUCCGAUGGACAUUUAAUCAAAGGCAAAUUCCACGAAGUUCAGUUGAACUGAGAGAAACACGGACAGUACAGGAUCGCAGCCUUGGACGAAGCUUUAAUCCGAUUUGAGCUGCCGCCAGCAACGAGUGACGCGUUUCCUCAGUCCUCGCCUCACUUACGACGGACCGGUGCUCCCUGCUAACGAAGCAAGCGCCGGGAUCGCGUUAGAGCUGCAGGUGUUUUUCUCCGCCGAGAUCGUUCCGGGAAUCCCCGCGCCGCCCUCGCCUCCUUAGGACCCACGUAGUCCGAUCUCCUCUCCCUGGGCGGCGUUUUCCCUCGUGAUCCCGCGAAAGUGGCAGCCGAGCAGCAGGAGGUGUCUCUGCCUCCUCCGCCUCCUCCCCUUUGCUUUCUUUUCGGUACCCUCAGAGCUAAUCGGAGCACAAAGGGGCACAGGAGGGGCCGAGGCAGGCCGUCCCUCUCGGAUCGCUAAUCCCGCGGACGGCGUAAACAAAUCCAGCAAAGGGGGCGCGAAGAUGGCGAGGAGGACCCGGGUGGCGGCAGCUCUCUUGGCUUCGCGAACGGCGCCAGGCGCAGCGUUGGCAAGGGUCGUCUUGGCUCUCUGGUCCUGCUGCCACCCCGCGGGCUGCCUCUCGGCUUCUUCCCUGGACGCCGGGGAGAGGGCGCUUAGUCUCCACCCGCCUUACUUCAACCUGGCGGAGACAACCCGCAUUUGGGCAACUGCCACCUGCGGGCAGGACGAGAGCGGGAGGCCCCGCCUAGAGCUCUUCUGCAAACUGGUGGGGGGACCCGCUGCUUCCCCCGCCGGGCAAACCAUCCAGGGCCAGUUUUGUGACUAUUGCAAUGCUGCUGAUCCUAAUAAGGCUCAUCCAAUAGAUUAUGCUAUAGAUGGAACAGAACGUUGGUGGCAAAGUCCUUCUCUCUCCUUAGGUUUGAAGUAUGAUGAAGUGAAUGUUACUUUGGAUCUAGGACAGUUGUUCCAUGUGGCCUAUGUCCUCAUCAAAUUUGCAAAUUCUCCUCGUCCAGAUUUGUGGGUAUUAGAGAAAUCAAUAGACUUCGGAAGAACAUAUACACCAUGGCAAUAUUUUGCCUAUUCUAAAGCAGGCUGCUGGGAACGUUUCAGAAAGGAAGCUAACAGUCCUCUCAGGAAAGAUAAUGAUGUCAUUUGCACAACAGAAUAUUCUCGGAUAGUGCCUUUAGAAAAUGGAGAGAUUGUGAUAUCCUUGGUAAAUGGCCGUCCAGGAGCAAAUGAUUUCAGCCAUUCUUCCAUACUUAGAGAUUUUACUAAAGCCACAAAUAUUCGUUUACAUUUCCUCAGAACCAACACUCUUCUUGGACACUUGAUCUCUAAAGCUCAGCGGGAUCCAACUGUGACACGCAGAUACUACUACAGUAUAAAAGACAUCAGCAUUGGUGGACAAUGUGUUUGUCAUGGACAUGCUGAUGUAUGUGCUGCAAAAACUGACCCAGAUUCCUACAGGUACCAAUGUGAAUGUCAACACAAUACUUGUGGGGAAACCUGUAAUCGUUGCUGUCCAGGGUAUAAUCAGAAAAGUUGGCAACCUGCAACAGCCAGCAGCCCAAAUCUCUGUGAACCCUGCAACUGUCAUGGCCAUGCCUUUGACUGCUAUUAUGACCGUGAGGUUGAACGACGCAAAGAAAGCUUAAAUCUUAAUGGACAGUAUCAAGGGGGAGGAGUCUGCAUUGACUGUCAGCACAACACAGCUGGUAUAAAUUGUGAGAAAUGUUUAAAAGGAUACUAUCGGCCAUAUGGUGUUCCAGUCACAGCAGUGCAUGGAUGCAUAUCCUGCAGGUGUACCCCUGAACAUACCAAUGGCUGUGAAGAAGGAUCAGGUCGCUGUUAUUGUAAGCUGAACUAUCAGGGUAAAGCCUGUGAUCGGUGUGCUGAUGGAUACCAUAGUUUUCCCUCCUGUUACCGAAUUCCUAUCUCCCCAGCUACAACUCAGAACCCAGCAGUCACUUCACCUGGUCAUAUGGAUGGCAGUCGUUGCAGACCAGAAUAUUUUGGAACACAUUGUCAGCAGUCCAACUGUGCUGUAGUUGGAUUUGUGGACAACACAUGUGGCCCCCAGGGCAAUUGUCUUUUCCAUACAAAUUAUGUUGGGUCCAAAUACAGCCAGUUAUUUAUGGUUAUUAAGAUCCCUCAGAUGCUGAAUCUGACUUGUCAAUGUUCGGUUUAUGGCUCCUACCAAGACACAUGUCAACAGACCACAGGCCAAUGUGAUUGUCGACCUGGUUUCAUAGGCCAGCAGUGUGACAGAUGUAUCUCAACAAGUAGUACUUUUCCUCAUUGCCAAGGGAUCAUCGAUGAAUGUGAUCCUGCUGGAACCAGAGAUUCUUAUUCUGGCUAUUGCCAGUGCCUACAAAAUGUAGAAGGUCCAACCUGUAGCAUCUGUAAGCCACUUUACUGGAACCUGGCCAGGGCUAAUCCUUAUGGAUGUAUAGGCUGCCAGUGUGAUGUAGCUGGAGUACUAAGUGGUAUUAGAGAAUGUCAGCAGUUGGAUGGUGACUGUUACUGCAAACUUAAUGUUUGUGGAGGUCCUUGUGAUACUUGUGAAGCUGGUUAUUAUGGCCUGGAAACUAAAAAUUAUUUUGGAUGUCAAGGAUGCAAAUGUGAUGUGGGAGGCUCUGUAAGUCAUGUCUGCAAUGACCUGACAGGGGACUGCCAGUGCAGAAGGCACAUAAUUGGGAAAACUUGUAUGGAGGCUGAAAAGAAUUAUUACCUACCUGAUUUACAUCACAUGAAGUUUGAAAUUGAGGAUGGUACGUCUCCUAAUGGAAGAGAAGUCCGGUUUGGUUAUAAUCCUCAAGAAUUUCCUGGUUUCAGUUGGAGAGGUUAUGUGCCGAUGUCUUCAAUACAGAAUGAAGUCAGGAUAACUUUGAGUGUGAAGAAACCAAAACCCUAUUUAUUUCAUGUUAUCUUGAGGUAUAUAAAUCCUGGUACUGCAAUAGUAUCUGGCCACAUAACAGCUUAUCAGUCUCGGACCCUAAAAGGGACUCAUCAGAGCAAAGACAUGUUCUUCCCACUCAGUAGAGAGCCAACUUUUGUAACUGUUCCAGGGAAAGGUUUUGCAGAUUCAUUUUUAUUGGGACCUGGAACUUGGAUAUUUAAAAUCAGGGCAGAGGGCGUCCUUCUGGAUUACCUCGUCCUCUUACCUCGUGACUACUAUGAAGCAUCCAUCUUGCAAUUUCCUGUUGUACAGCCUUGCACAUAUUCAGGAUAUGUCACAACAGAUAAUUGUUUGCAGUAUGAAAACUUGCCAGUGAACAAAUAUCGCUGUGUUUUUGGUACAGAGGUAACAUUUUUCUUGCAUGGGGGAGAAUACCAAAAAACAACUUUCCAACAGCCAACAAUCAAACAUCCAGUGAUGUCUCAUAUUAGUGGUCAGGAGGUGAAUCUACAGAUCAAAUUGAAGGUUCCACAAGUUGGCCGCUAUGUAAUCAUCUUUGAGUAUGUCACGGAUCAUGAUCUAAUGUAUGUUGGUAAUAUAAAGACUGAGAGCAUUGGACAAGAGAUGGAGGCUAAAAUUAAUAUAUAUAGCUGCAAAUAUAGCUUCCAGUGUCGCAGUGUUGUGAUCGAUGAUAUGGCUCGUAUUGCAGUUUUUGACCUUUUGGCUGAUACAACAUUACAUCUCAGAUCAUCAGCUAUAGAUUUUCUACUGCAUAAAAUUUGCAUUAUUCCAAUUGAGGAUUUUUCUCUGGACUAUGUGGAACCUCAAGUUUAUUGCAUUGCAACAUAUAUCCAUGGUUCAAGUGCCUCCUGUGUACCAUCGCAAUAUGAAAAGCCUCUUGAAGCGGUAGUUUUGGAUGCUCACAGAAACAGCGAAGUUGUAGAAGGGGCAAGAUAUGUGGUCUCCUGGGAUUCAUUGAGUUCUCCUUUAUCAUCUCUUCACUCAGCUAAUGGUGUGACUCUGUCUUCCUCACAGAACCAAAUUACUCUGAAUGGAAGAGUCCCACAUAUAGGCCAAUAUGUGUUUAUCAUACAUUUUUAUCAGCCGGAAAAUCCAACAUUUCCAGUGCAAGUAUUAGUGGAUGGAGGACAACUUUGGUCAGGUUCUUACAAUGCUUCAUUUUGUCCACAUACUUCUGGAUGUCGAAGUCUGGUAAUGUCUGAAAAUCAUAUUGAAUUUGAUAUCCUUAAACAUGACGUCUCGGUCACCUUGACAAUUCCCAAUGAAAGAACAAUGGUAUUGGAGCAUAUCCUGGUUGUUCCAGCACAUAGCUACAGCUACACACUUCUUCAUAAAGACAGUGUGAUUCGUUCAACAGAUUUCAUCAGCCAGUGUGGUGGAAACAGUUUUCACAUUGUUCCUGGCAAUUCCUCAGAAUUUUGUCAAAAUUCAGCUCGAUCACUUGUGGCUGCUUUUAAUGACGGGGCAUUGCCAUGCAAUUGUCACAGAAAGGGUGCUACCAGCGCUACUUGCAACCCUGAUGGGGGACAGUGUAACUGCAGACCACACGUCAUUGGUCAAAAGUACCAGUGUCAGACAGGUUACUAUGGAUUUCCAUUCUGCAAACCUUGCAACUGUGGAAGUCGUCUUUGUGAUGAUAUCACUGGGAAAUGUAUUUGUCCCCCACAAACUGUUAAGCCUAGAUGUGAAGUGUGUGUGAGGUUGCACUUUGGAUACCAUCCACUUACUGGCUGUGAAAAGUGCAAUUGCUCAAGUAAAGGCGUUAUCAGUGCUAUGAAUUCUGAAUGUAAUAAAAUUGAUGGACAGUGCAGAUGUCGCUCAGGAAUAGCAGGGCGUCAGUGUGAUCGUUGUGCUCCUGGAUCUUAUGGUUUUCCCAACUGUAAACCUUGUAAAUGUAACAGAGGAGGAACAGAACCAGACAUCUGCAAUCCACAAACAGGAAUUUGUCUCUGUAAGGAGAAUGUUGAAGGGGCGCAAUGUGACAUGUGCCGUUCAGGAUCGUUUUAUCUGGACCCUGCUAAUCCCAAAGGUUGUACUACUUGCUUUUGCUUUGGAGCCACCAAUAUUUGCCACAGUACAAAUAGACGUAGAGUCAAGCUCACCGACAUGAGAAACUGGCAUCUGGAAGCAGUGGGUAUGAGUAUGAGUAUUCCUACAACUUUCAAUCCUAUUAGCAACAGUGUUGUUGCUGAUGUCCAAGAAUUACCUCCUCUUCUACAAUUAUAUUGGGUUGCACCAUCAUCUUACUUGGGGAAUAAGCUUUCUUCAUAUGGAGGAUAUUUAAGCUAUCAGUUAAACCUUGGUUUACCUAGUGAAGGCAUGGCUCUCUGAAAAAGACCAGAUGUACAACUAAUUGGACAGGAGAUGAAAAUAUCCUAUAUAGAUCCUAAUAAUCCUUUGCCAGACAAGCUGUAUUAUGGAUCAGUCCAAUUAGUUGAGGAGAACUUCAGGCACACCAGCAGCAAUAACUUAGUAUCUCGAGACGAACUGAUGAUGGUCCUGUCUAGACUAGAUGAAUUACAAAUCCGAGGUCUUUACUUCUCAGAAACUCAGCGGUUAACCUUGGGCGAUGUUGGUCUGGAAGAAGCCACCAAUACAGGAAAUGGUAAUAUCGCUUAUGCUGUAGAGGUGUGUUCCUGCCCUCCUGAAUAUAUGGAUGAUUCAUGUCAGGAAUGCAGUCCAGGAUUCUAUCGUGAGACAGUGGGUCCAUUUACAGGAAAGUGUGUUCCAUGUAAUUGUAAUGGAAAUUCAGAUAGAUGCCUGGAUGGUUCUGGAAUUUGUGUUAACUGUCAACAUAAUACUGCUGGAGAAAAGUGUGAACGUUGUAAAGAAGGAUACUUUCGAGAUGCCAGUCAAGGACUUUGUAAGGAAUGUCACUGCCCUUACACAAACAGUUUUGCUUCUGGCUGUCUGGAAGAUAAUGGAGAAAUCCAAUGUUUUUGCAAAGAGGGCUAUUCUGGAAAGCAUUGUGAAAGCUGUGCUCCUGGUUAUUUGGGAAAUCCACUGAAAUACAGAUACUCAAAAUGUAAUUGUCUGGAGAAUGGCCAGCUCACAAAAUGUGACCGCUUGACUGGGGAGUGCAUAAGCCAAGAACCAAAAGACAUAGAUCCAAAUGAAGAUUGUAAUUCUUGUGGCAGUUGUGUAAUCACGUUGCGAGAUUUGAGUACAAUGGGAAGUGAGCUUCGAGUGAUUGAAUUUCAAAUGCAAAGUAUCAACACUAGUGCAACUGCUGGCCAGAUGAAGCACCUGGAAGUCCGUAGCAAGCAACUGGAGAGUCUGUUGAAUCACUCUCAUUCUGUUAUUAAAACUCAGAGCUCAAAGGUAGAUGAACUGGAGACAGGUUUGUCUCACAUUACAAAUAUUAAUGCUCUGAAAGAAAAGGCUGAAGGUAAUUACAAGAAAGCACAGAAUCUUUUAAAUAACUUUAGUAAAACUAAUCAAAGAGGAAGAACUUUAAUUUCCAAGAUCCAAUCUAUUCUCAUCCAUAUUAAUGUUCUCUUGGGACAGAUAGAUGGCACUUCUACAGAAGGAUCCUCUUUUCCUACAGAAUACUCUGCAAAAGAGCUAGUGAAAGCUCAGCAAAUGAUCAAUGAAAUGAGAAACCGCAAUUUUGGCCAACAGCUAACAGAAGCAGAAAAGGAAAAAGGAAAAGCCCAACACUUGCUAGAUCGAAUAAGGAAUGAACUAGAAAAGCGUAACACAAACAACCAAGGGCUCAUUAAAAGUGUGAGAGAUUCACUAAAUGAAUAUCAAUCCAAGCUCAAUGAUCUUCGUGAAUCUUUGCGAGAGGCAAAGGAACAAACCAAGCUAGCUGAAAACUUAAAUGGAGAAAAUGAACGUCUUUUGGAAGAGAUUAAGAAACAGACAGAAGAGAUGACUACCCAACAGAGUGCUAUAAGGGAUUUUCUGAAUUCUGCUAAAGCAUCAGUGUCUCAAACAAACAAUAUAUUUGAAUUGUUCCAGAAGAGUAAAGAGGAAUAUGAAAGCCUAGCUGCCAAUUUGGAUGGAGCAAAGAAAGAUCUGGAUGAAAAACUGAAGAGCCAAUUCUUAUCUUCCAGUAAGGAACCUUUGGUAGUGAAAGCAGAAAUGCAUGCCAACUCUUUACAAGACCUGGCAAGAAAGUUGGAUGAACUCAAGAGGAAUGCCAGCAAGAAUGAGUUAGUGACCUGUACUGUGGGAGCUGCUAGUGCUUUUGAGAAUAUUUCUGAUAUUAUUCGAGCAGCAGAAGCAGCAGCCAACAAAGCAUCAAGUGCAGCAGAUUCAGCUUUAUCGACAGUGGAUGAAAAAGAUAUACCUGGAAUGGCUGAAAGACUUAAAACCAACAGUGGAAAAGUGUUAAACAAAGCACGAGAAACACAGAAGACAUUGCAAGAUCUCAGUCCAGCACUUGAUGAUAUGAAGAACAAGCUUCAGGAAGCCGAACGGAAAAAAACUGCAAUACGGGGAGAUCUUAGUGAGUUCCAAAAUAACCUCCAGGGAAUAGAGAGAGAUAAUACAGAGAGUUUAAUCACAACUGCAAAUACCAUGAUUAAGAAUGCCAACAAUAUUACUACAAAUGUACUCAGUGAACUGGAGCCAAUUAAAGCUGGAGUUGAGAACAUAAAAAACACUUAUGAAAAUGUACAGAUUACUGAUUUCAACAAGGCUUUGAGAGAAGCAAGCCAUUCAGUAAAUAAUUUAACAAGCAUGCUCCCAGAUCUGUUUAACAAGAUUACAAAUAUCAAUCAACAAGUCAUAUCAACAAGCAAUCUAACUGAGAAUAUAAAUCGCAUCAGGGAGCUCAUCCAGCAAGCCAGGGAUGCUGCAAAUAAGGUGGCCAUCCCUAUGAAAUUCAACGGCAAAUCGGGAGUUGAAGUUCGACUUCCUGAUAUCCUGGAUGAUCUGAAGGGUUAUACUUCCCUUUCUUUCCUUCUACAAAGGCCUAAUAAAAAGGAAGACAUGACACAAACACGCAACAUGUUUGUCAUGUAUCUGGGUAACAAAGAUAGUUCCAGCAACUAUAUUGGUAUGGCUAUUCGUGGUGGUCAUCUUAUUUGUGCCUAUAACUUAGGAGGCUCCAAAAAUGAAAUACGAGUGAAGGAAAAAUUGAAUGAGAAAACCACUAAGGAUAUAGCUUUGGAUCAGGUCACAUUUAAGAGAAUUUACCAGUAUGCAGAAUUAGCAUACAAGCAUGCUGCACCCUCAGAUUUGUCAGCCAAAGAUCUCAGUAGGAAUAGUAACACUCUUCUUAACUUGGAUCCUGACAAAGUGGUCUUCUAUGUGGGAGGAUAUCCACCAGAAUUUACGCCUCCGAGUCUACUGGACUAUCCACAUUAUGAAGGCUGCAUUGAAUUAGAUAGCUUAAAUGACAGAGUUUUCAGUCUGUACAAUUUCAAGAAGACUUUUAAUCUUAAUACUACUGCGGUGCAACCAUGCAGGAGAUACAGAGAACAAUCUGCUGAAUUUUACUUUGAAGGCAUCGGUUAUGCACAUAUCAAAGCUUCUCCAGGCAGAGGAGUCAUAAAAUAUGAACAAACCAUUCAAACUACUUCAGAUGUCGGGUUGGUGUUCUUUGCAGAAAACCAGGACAAGUUUAUUAGUUUGCGAAUUGAAAAUGGCCGCCCAAUAUUCACACACAAAGUUGAUUCACAACCUCCAAUUGAAAUAUCAAAUGGAAUCAUGAGCAAUGUAACAGAAAAACUGGUUAUUUUACACAUUUCCCCCAAAAAAUAUAUUUUUGGGGUUGACACACUUAGAUUAUUUGCCAACGUGACUACAUUUAAUUUUGAUUCAUAUUACUUGGGAGGAAUUCCAACCUAUCUAAGAGAACGGUUUAAUAUAUCCACACCACCAUUUCGUGGGUGCAUGAUGAAUAUUAAAACCUCAUUUGAACGUUCCAUAACCUUCUCUGAAAGUUUUGGUGUCAGCAGAAAAUGCCCGGAUGACUGGAAGCUGGUGAGAACCGCAAACUUUUUCAAGAAUGGAGUUCUUGACUUAAGUGAUAAAGAUUUUCCAUUCCCUGAUAAUUUCCAAGUUGGAUUUGGUUUUCACACAUUGGCAGUUAAUGGAAGGCUACUAAAUUAUAAUACACGGCUUGCCGAUUUUACCAUUUUCCUAAGAAAUGGCUAUGUAAUUGUAAGCCUGGCUGGUGAAGUAAUCGAAUCUAGCAAAAAAUGUGAAAUUGGUUCAAUGCAUUACAUAACAGUGAUAAAAGAAGAUGAUAUGCUGAAGUUAUUAGUUGACGAUAUAUCUAAGUCAGAAACAGUUGUAACUCCUGAAAGGAAAUCAAUGAAUCAACCAAUAAAACUGGGUGGGGACGACUUUGAAGGGUGUAUGUCCAAUGUCUUUAUAGAACGUUCACAGCUACCUGCUCAGGUUCAAAAUUUAACUGAUUCUGUUAGAAGAGAUGUGUCUCUAGGAUUCUGUAUGAUUCCAGAACGACAAAAGCCAAUGCUGUUGAAAGAAUUACCAGAUACACACCAUCGAAAGUUUUCAAAGAAGAGGAAAAAUAUUGCCCAUCUGACAGAUUCAAAUAGACAGCAGAACAAGAAUGGCUGUCCUUUGCAUGCUGAGUUAAAAUUUGUCUCUGAAGCCUACCACUUUGGCAAUAAUCUAGGAACUUAUUUGUUGUUUUCAAUAUCCCAAACAUCAACAGACAGAUCCCAUUUUGCUGUUGAUGUUCGUACAUCAUCGUCUAGGGGAAUGGUCUUCUUCAUGGGAGAUCAGAUGGGGAACAGAUAUGUUGCUCUUUACCUUUCAAAAGGACGGUAUGUCCUUGCAGUUGCCUAUGAUGGAAAAAAGAUAAAAAUCAAGAGCAAAGCUAAAUACAGUGAUGGACAGUGGCAUAUGGUGACAUUCAGCAUUAGUGAAAACAAAAUACGCCUAGUAAUCGAUGGUUUGAAGACUCACGAAGGAAACCUGCCAUCUUCUUAUUCUUAUUCCCAGAUAAAUGCAUCAAUAUAUCUAGGAGCUGUUCCAUCAUUAAACAUUAAGAAUAUUCCAGAGAAGAGUUUUGUGGGCUGCUUGAGAAACUUUCAAGUUGGGAGAAAACACAUGUAUACUUACCAGCAAAACAAUGGUGUCCUGCCUUGCUUGGACAAUAUUUUGGAGAAUGGUGUUUCAUUUUUCAACGAAGGAGGAUAUAUUGUGAUUGAAAACACCUUUUUAAUAAACAUAGACUAUAGGAUUGCAUUUAGCAUCCGUCCAAGAAGUUCCACUGGCAUUUUAAUCCAUGCUGGCAGCAGUCAAGAAAACUAUUUCACUCUUUACAUGGAAGGAGGCACGCUCACUGCCUCUGGAAAUUAUGGUGCUGGCGAAUUUUCUCUCUCUGUCACACCUCAGCAAUCUCUGUGCGAUGGACAGUGGCACUCUGUAGCAGUGGCUCAGAAGCAGAAUAUUAUCAACUUAUAUGUAGACACAAAUAGAAAUUAUACUGCUGCACUAUCACCUAAGCUUUCUACCAGUCAUACUCAACCACUCUAUUUUGGAAGAAUUCCAGUUAAUUUGGAAACACCAUGGCUUUCAAUUCAGGAUGUGUUCCAUGGCUGUUUAAAGAAUAUGAAAAUUAAUUACAAAUCUAUCUUACUGAACAAAAUGUCAAACAUUAAUGGUGUUGUCAGCCUGGAAGGAUGUCCUGUCUAUUAACUGUUCCAUAUAUAUCUUCUGAGUAUAAAACCAUCUAAUGUGCUGUAUGGAUAGCCACAAUAUGGUUUGAUCUCUUUCUAUGGUCUUUUGCCCUUCUUUCCAUCACAGUUCAGUAUGUUCAGUAUAAUUGUGGUCUGUGUUGCCUUUCUUUGAGGUUUCUUGAAGCUUUUGUUGUCCUGUGUGCAAACUGUCUAUGAUAAAGCCACUUGAAAUAUAAAAUGACCUUCUAAUGUAAUAUGGUGGUAUUUUGCUUUCAACAACAGCUGAGUAUACUUAGAGCAAUUGCAUUGACAAAAAUCUGGACUCCUAAGGCUCCUGAAAUGAAAAGAACUCCCAAAAUAAGAAUUAGAAGGUCCUUGGACACAAAUAGAACCGGACUUCACAGAUAAAAUGUGGAAAAAUAAAAUACAUUGUUGAAUUGCUGAAUUAUUUUUUUGUAUGCUGAAAUGUGCAUUUAAUAAUUGAUAAAAAAUAAUAUAAAUUGAGUAUGAAGCACUUUAAAAAAUUUGGCAUACUGGAGGUGAUAGUCUUAAGAGUUUUAUUACCAAAUAAAUGCAAUUUUCAUUUUGGAAAAUAUCAGUAUGCUUAUUGCACUUACAUGCUUCCAUUGACUUUAAUCAAAAAGUUUGACUGAAUAAAGACAAUGAGUGUAUAGAGUAAAUUUUGGCAAUAACAGAACAUGCUUGUGUUAAGAAAAUGAAGGUGGUUUAAUUCUUUGGGAAGCUCAAUCUGAAGUUGGAAGAUCUGUGAUAUAAUUUUAUGAUUUGGCUGAAUGAUUUAUAAAUACCCUAAAUUAUGAUUGUAUGCAGGUUUCUUGCAAAUUUUCUUUAACUUAUACAUUACACUGACCACUUAAGAAAUUAAGAAAUACUAGUUAGGAAUAACCAAAUGAAACAUGCCAUCACCAUACAGCCAAUUCUAUUUUUAAAAUUGUUUAUAACUGUGUAAUCCUGUGGUGCUUCCAUUCUUGAAAGCCCGUUUAUGCCAUUGCUUCAUCAGCAAAGUAUAUUUGGCAUCCUAAUUCUAAAUAAACGUUGAAAAGCAGACCUGUUAUGCCACAUUUGUUGCAAUUCUUGCAGGAAAACUCAAUUUUAAAAAUGAAGCUCAUUUGGAAUGUUACUUUGCAUGUCUCCAGUCCUAAAUUAGAAUAAUUCUAAAAUGGGUGUGAUGUCACACCAUUGAAUAAUAAACAAAAGAUCAUACGUUGCACCUACUGCAACUUUCAGACAAAUGCAAAGACGGAUCCACAUUAAAAUAGUCUAAAGAUAGGUUAAUAUAGCCCGAAGCAUUCAGAUGGAUUGUUGCAAUAUAGGAAAGGGCAUGAAAAGUGACAAAAAGCACUCCUAAGCAUUAUCCUUCUCAUCUUUUUUACUACCUUCUCUUAUUAGUAUCUUAUAUUACUUUGUUGUUUAUAUAUAUAUAUGAGAGCUUAUGCA